GUCCCAGUUGCCAUGUGGGACUUUGACCACUGCGAUCCCCGUCGUUGCUCGGGCAAGAAACUCGCUCGACAAGGCUUGAUCAAAGAUCUCAAAGUCGGAACGCGAUUCAGGGGGAUAGUGGUGUCACCGAAGGGCAAACAGGUGAUCAGCCCGUCAGAUCGCGAAAUCAUUCUACAAGCUGGCCUGGCUGUCGUAGAAUGCUCCUGGGCCCGUUUGGAUGACGUUCCCUUCAACAAGAUAGCCAGCCCUCACGAGCGGUUACUACCGUACCUACUUGCAACAAACCCAACAAAUUAUGGCAAACCGUGGAGGCUAAACUGCGUCGAAGCUUUGGCCGCAUCGUUUUAUAUCACAGGGUUUGAUUCGUAUGCGGAGAAACUGCUAAGUGGGUUUGGGUGGGGUGGCUCAUUUUGGAAAGUGAACAAAUGUUUUCUCGAAAAAUACAGAAGUUGCGGAACGGCCGAAGAGGUUACCGUCGCGCAAGAGUCUAUCAUGGAUGAGUUGGAGAAGAGCUGGGAAGAGUCGCGGAGAUAUAAAGGUAAGGUAUCGGUUGGAUGUUCCCCGUCUGGUUCACUCACGAUAUCAAACUGGCAUUGCCUCUAG